UUGGAAAAAGGAAUUUUUGUUUGUUUUGACCCUGACUAAAAGUGUCGUAUAUUAUAUUUUGUAACAACACGAUGAGCAACGCACGUGACAGAGCAAGACACAAAAUAUCCACAUUUGUUACGUUGUUGGAGAAGAAAGGCAUACGGCUUCUUGCGGUUGAUUUCGACGAAACUUUGAUCUCGAUCCAUUCCGGAGGGUGCUGGAAAGACAGUGCGGAGAAACUGUCACAGCAUGUUCGACCGUGUAUGCGGGAUUUAAUGGAGGAAGCUUUGCAACGUAACGUCAACGUGUGCAUUGUCACAUACUUCACUCAGCCGUGGAUCAUCAGAGAAAUGCUGAAAUUGGUUUUCAAAAGAAAUGUAGAAAAGAUAUAUGUUCAAGCCAACACAGCAGAAUUCCGUGAGAAAAACAAGCAUCAAAUUCUUGGCAAGGAAGCACAUUUGGCAGCAGUAUGCACAGAAUUAUAUAAUCAAAAACAUGUGAUCAUCAAACCUGAGGAGAUCAUUCUGUUUGAUGAUGACACGGAUAACAUUGAAACAGCAGUCAAUUUUGGACAUUGGGCGGUGACAGUUAGGGAUGACAUCAGUUAUCUCUCCUUUGAUGACUUUUGCACUAUGCUAAAGAACUCUACAAGCAGGAAGAAAGCCAAAUCUUGAAACCACAUGUAUUGUCAGCUUUACACAAUGUGCUGUAUUGCUUAUAACUGGUAAUUUAUAAAUCAGCUUAUUAAUAUCAGGAAUCUUGAAACGUCUAAAUUCUCCAUUCUUAACUCUCCAUUCUUAACUCUCCAUUCUUAAGCCAAGUACAUACUUAGAUGAGAAGUUCUAAAAAUGGUAGAUCUCAAAUUAAAGGUGUUCUGAAAUAUUUGAGAAGAUACUUAUAUAAUUAACUAAGAAUGUAGUUUUUGGAACAUAAGUUACCAUUCAGUGGAUAAAAUACUGCAGGAAAUGUGCUUAACUUUUCAAGCUAAAUUGGCCAUUAAAAACAAAUGACACCACUGUCACCAGUUCUAUUUUCACAUUAGACAUAUCACUGAAUGAUAAAUGUUUCAAAAAAUAUAUAUUGAAUGAUCCUUAAUUUAGUUUUUAAAGCUGAAAAAGUAGGUUAUGAUUGAUCUUGAUUUGUUUAAAUAUGAAGACUCAAUAGAGCGAUAAAUUCAAAAAGUUUUUCUAUGCAUAAGUAUAGCUACAUAUGUCUAUAUAAUCCCUGAUAGAAAUGUGGACUCUGAAACACAAACUUGAAUUGAAAAGUUUAAUCCUUUGAGAUCCUUUGAGAACUCAAAUAUGAUAAUGCUAGCAUUUGCUAAAAGUUGAGCACUAAGAAUGGGUUUUAGAGGUUUCAAGAUCCCGGGGCCAGAUGCAUGUCACUGGUGAUGAUGAUACAAAAUAACAGCUAUCAAGUUUGCUGCAGUUAUUCAAGUUGUUAAAAUAUUAACCUAUGCUGAAUCAGUAACCAGCAGAGCAAAAUAAUUAAUAUUGUAUUUUUACCUGUGAUCAUGGACAAUAGUUGAAUCAUGGCUAACAUAUACCAAUAUAACUGUUGUUGAUGCCAAUAAUUAACCAUUGUUUUUAAAAAGAAACACUUUUAAAAUUCUUUAAUAUUUUGAAGUUUUAUCUACUUUUUAUUUUAAGAGAAAUUCAUUUAACUAUGUGAUCUAGAGUUUUACAAAGAAGCUUUUUAGAUGAUUUUCCCUUUCUUAAUGUACAGUUUGAAAAGUAUAGGUACUUUAAAGACUCUCUUUAGUGCAGAAAUUAAAUUAAACAAAGGUGAUGACGUAUAAAUAUAAUGAUUACAUGAGAGGAUGAUGUAUAUAUAUAAAUAUCAUGAUUACAUGAGAGGAUGACGUAUAUAUAUAAAUAUAAUGAUUACAUUAGAGGAUUAUUUUGCUCUCAGUUUUGUUAAAAAUAGGAAUGUACAGCAUCAAAAGCUUACCAAUUGUGUUACUGCAACUAGCUACAUAUAAGAUUGUGUUUUUUUUCAAGAAAUAAUAUAUAUAGUUAUAAACAAGAAUUAUGGGAUAAAUAAAAAAUGUUCAGGGUGUCUCACUCUCUGAAGCAUUUUGUUCCCAUUUUAAUGUUAGAUAUACUUGGCUGUAAAGUCACAUGUAUAUAUGUGUAUGUGAAUAUGUUUUUUUGUUUGUGUCUCUGUGGCUCGGUCAUACAACCUGUUAUCAUGUUUAUAUUUGUUUCCUGAUUGUUUUUUCAUAUGGCAUUAAAUCAAAUUACUCAUCCAGAUUGUGAUUAUUGUAGAAUAACAUAUCCUAUUCUGUUGAUGAAUUUUUUAUGUAUGGUUGAAUUGUACAUGUAUGCAGUACUGAAAUGCUGGCACACAAUAUGCAUGUAAACCAAUAACUAAUGUGUCUGUAAUUUAGGAGCUGAUUUUAUUUUAAGUUAAUAUUAUAUAGUUAUUGUAUGGGUGUGAGGAAAUAGUUUAUGUCAAGGGGGACAAUAAAAGUGCUAUUUCCCGAAAUACCCAUAAAAUAACUGCUUUAUUAUACCGACAACAAAAUUAUUCCAUUUCUUUUGUUAAGAUGCAUUGUUCAUGUCGUCAAGUGUCCCCAUUGCCUUCUCCUGAAGAUAAUCCUUUCGUAUGUUAACAGACCUUUUUAUAACCUGUUGCAUGUUUGAACUGUCCUUUUCGGAGACUAUUUUCUUAAGUGAUUCUUCAUCAAGAUUGUCAAAUCUUGUAGACGAGGCAAUUUUCAUAAAUUUCCUGCAAAACCCGUCUGGUUGUUUUGCAAACGAAGUACUUCUGCUUCGUCUGGGUCUUGGAAAUGUUUACAGACUUUAUGGUAUGGUAUACGAUGGAAGUAGAAAUGUUCCAAAAAGGAACAUGAAAAAUGUCCAAUCAGAAUGAACGUAGCCAAAAAUUCCCCAAAAAUUUGAAUGCAGGUUAAAUAGCUCAUUCCGGGUAAAUAGCUCUAAUGACUAUUUACCUGGUAAAUAGUUUCUUGAAAGAGGUUAUUUUGAAUAGCAUUUCUAUUUUCUACUUUUAUAUAGUGUAAAAAAGAAGAAAGGUAUAUCAAUUAAGCCUUUAUUGCAAACAGCUUUGAACUCUGUUUUCAUGAAGUGUUAUUUUUCAUGAAGUGUUAUUUUUGCAGUUUUGUGAAGAAAUUAAUAUUCAAACAGUGUAAACUUUGCAGAAAACAGGUAUUCUAUAAUGUCAUAAUUGCAUAAGAACCUUUGAACCUUUACCACAAAGAUAAGCAUUUUAAAUAGAAAACAUACAAAAUCAAUAAAGUGGGUUUCUUUCAGGAGUUUAGAAGAGGUUUUAUUACAGCCAUUAUAAUCAGAGGAAUCUCCUGUAUAUACAUUUGUUUAUAAUCUACAUGUGAAUUGUAGUUGGUUUAAAUUUAUAAAUGAAAGGUAAUAGCCAGCAAUUCUGUAAUAUUUUAUUGAAUUUAUCCAAAUUGAAACAAUUUGAAUUAUUGUACAAUUACUUUUUAGAUAUAAACAAAUAUAAGAAUAUACAUGAACAUUAUCUACGUAUAUGUAGCCUUAUGCAUUCAUACCAUAUUCAGAUAUCUUCAGAUGAUAUUAUGUUUACAUUCAAUUUCUUCCCCACCAAAAUCAGGUCUUUCUGAAGUUUGCAAUUUUAAGAUUUUUACAACAAUUAAUGCAUUUUUAGCCCAUCAUCAUCUGAUGGUGGGCUAUUCAAAUCGCCCUGCUUCCGUGGUCUGUGGUCCGUCCAUGGUCCGUCAUCCGUCCUUAAACAAUUCUUGUUAUCGCUAUUUCUAAAUAAGUUCCAG